AUGCCUCAUCCCUUCCCUUUAUUCUCUCUUCCCUACCUACCACUCAAACAAGUUCUGGAUAACUUUGGAGCACAUGCUAUAUUAUGUCUCUCCCUGUGCUCUCUGAGAUCAAAACGAAUUGCAGUUUCCUACAGAGGAUCUUCAAAAAAUGUUAAGUUGCAACUUCACUUUGGUUUUAAGAACUGUCUGUCAUAUAUGGAAGGAUUUCACUUAUAUUGGCUUCUAAGUGUAGAAAAUCGAUCGGAGCUGCUUUCUGUGGAUCGAAACCUGGAUACUGUAAAAAUCGGAAAUUUCUGUAACAUUCCUGUUGAAACGGGAAAAUUAGGCUUGAGUACAUAUUGGGAGGAUUGCAUGGUUGGAAUCACUGAAAUAGGAGAUUAUGCUCGUGAAGUGUUUAAUCAGGAUAUUUAUGAAGUGGUGAUUGGAGAGAAAAAACCAGAUGAUGUUUAUGAACGGGCGGCCGAGUAUGUCACAAAAUCACAAAAGUCAAUUCAUAGCCUAUUUUGUGACUUCAAACCAGAAAUCGAUAAUGAUCUCGAUUUCAUUCUUGAAAACUUCAAUUACACUGAAAGACUCGCACUUGACGUGAAUCCACCGCCCGAAUAUUGUCCUGCAAAACCUCCAAAUUUCAACGUCGACCAUCUGUAUAUUUUAUUCAGUUUUUGGAUCAAACAGGACCAUUUAUUAACGAUGAACUGCAAGUAUAUAGCGUUGCAAGACUCAACAUUGAGCAGCAAAGACUUGAAUGUGUUCUUGAAACACUUUAUGAAUGGAGGAUGUUCUCAGUUGAAAGAAUUUAAUGUUACUGUCGAUGAAUCGAUUGAGUAUGAAGUUGCGUUGAAUGAUGUGGAGUUUGUAGAAAGAGAAAGAGAUGUGGCGACGGUUUAUGUCGAUGAAGAAGAACAACACCGUACUAUAAGCGGCGGUUACGAUACCAAACGACCAAAUGAUAAUGCCAAAGUGACUAUCCUUAAUUACUCAAAAUGUUUUUUGAUGUUUGUUUGGCCAGAUUUCGCUGGAAAUUUCUACUGA